UGGGGGCUGGUGGCUAAGCUCCUCCAGCACAAGGACAAGCGGAGUGCCGCAGCUCUGCAAGCAAGUGCAGUGCUUGUCCCAAACCACUUGGCAGAAAAGCACAGAGGUCAUUGGACAUCAAAUCCAAAAACGCUGAAAUCUGACGGAUUACAGCAGGCUGACUCACCAGUGGUCUAUAUUUCAGCUGGGCCUCCAAAAAGUAGGAGGCAGGACAGGGAGGAGAGAACAAGGAGCUGAGAGUACACAGAGGAACAGCCCUGGAGCUGACAGCAGCGGACAGAGGAGGAGUUUUACCAGGCUCAGUAUGACUGAUAUAGGGUGUGCAGUCCACCAGUGUUGGAGCAUUGCGGAAGGACAAAAGAUAACCAGCGUGACUUGUGAGAAUUAACACUGUGAUCUGUGCUGGCAGCCUUCUUCUGUAGGGGACCUAUUAUAGACUAGCUGUACACCUGUGCCUGGCUGCCAUCUAUCCCAGUCUGGCUGUCCAGAGUGUUCCCAGAGCACAUCUGCAUGUCCCAUUCAGCCACCAGCAAUCCGUCUCCACUCUUACUGCACGGUGAUGAUCAGUAAGGUCAAAGCGGCUGUAUCAGGGCUGGUGGGGUCACUGUCCAACAAGCACGGGGCUCUGCCCGGCCCCUGUACCCCCGAGAAGGAGCCCCCCGUGGUCGCUAUUGCAAAACCUCAGCCCCCCUGCAGACCUCCAUUCUUGAAGUUGACUCCGGAGGAGAGCCACAAAUUCGGUGACCACAAUAGCAGGAUCGUUCUGAGUCUGAAAUCGCCUGACGAGCUGUACUGGGGCACAGGCUAUGCUGAGGUUAUCAAUGCUGGGAAAAGUCAACACAAUGAAGACCAGGCUUGUUGUGAAUUUGUGACCGUUGAAGAAAGAGAUGGUAGAUUGAAUAGCAAAUGCAAUGAAUCUCAAAACUCUGAUGUGCAAUCGGAUACUCAGAUCAGCGAUGGAUUAUCUUUUUAUUACUGGGGACUUUUUGAUGGUCAUGCAGGAUAUGGAUGCUCUUUGACAGCAUCGAGGCUCCUUCACCUUCACAUUUGCGAUCAGCUAAGGGACCUGGUAUAUAUUCUCCAAAAGCCUACAAUUGCUGCUCCUCUGUGUCUAGAAAAUGACACAAGGAAUGGGAUUGUUUCAAAUACACAGACUCAGGAGAAAACGGAACCCCCUUUAGACACUGUGCUUCGCUUCCACCUUGAAAAACAAGUAUUUCCUGAAAGUCUUGUAAUUGGUGCACUGGAAAACGCUUUCAGGCAAAUGGAUGAACAGAUUGAAAGAGAGAGAACCUCACAUAGUAUAGAUGGAGGCUGUUGUGCACUUGUUGCCAUCUGUUUACUGGACAAACUGUUUGUAGCUAAUGCUGGGGACAGCAGAGCCAUUAUCAUCCAACAGGGGAAAACCAUUUCGAUGUCACAAGAGUUUACUCCGGAAACAGAAAGGCAAAGGCUGCAGUUUCUAGCUGUCUUACAGCCAGAUCUGUUGGGAAAUGAAUUUACAUGUCUUGAGUUCCCAAGAAGAAUACAGCAGAAAGAAAUAAGGAAGCGGAUGCUAUAUCGAGACCACACCAUGACAGGCUGGGCUUACAAAACAAUCGAAGAAGAUGAUAUGAAAUUUCCUCUUGUGUAUGGUGAAGGCAAAAAGGCUAGGGUUAUGGCCACCAUUGGAGUAACACGUGGAUUUGGAGAUCAUGACCUUAAAGUAUAUAACUCAAAUAUCUACAUCAAGCCAUUUUUAUCUUCUGUGCCUGCAGUGGAAGUCUAUGAUCUCUCAAAAUGUGAGCACAGUGCUGAUGAUGUUAUUGUAAUGGGUACCGAUGGAUUAUGGGAUGUCAUUAGUGACAUAGAAGUGGCAGAAGUUGUUCAGAGAGUGUUUGCAUCUCAUGGGCCUAAUGAACCAAAUAGGUAUAAUCUUGCUGCACAGGAGCUGGUUCUUCGGACAAGAGGAGUUCGUAAAGAAAGUGGCUGGAGGCUACCAAAUGGAAAGCUUGCCUCUUUGGAUGACAUCUCCGUCUUUGUUAUUCCGCUAAGUAAAGAGAGCAGUUGAACAAAGGAAAAUUUGUUUAAUAUGUUUAUGCUGUUUAUAGUGGCCAUAAGAAUGGUACAUUACCUCAAUAGCAUAUUCCGGAAGCACAGCAAAUGCAAAGCACUUUAACAUAGAACCCCUUCCCAAAGACUUUUUUUUUUUUCAAGCUUAUAUUUUCUUAUUUAAAUGUAUGUAACAGGUUUGCAACUGCUUGCAGUCAGCCUUAAAAGCACAUGGAUUACAUGGCAAAUGUAAGUAAAUUCUAAAAAGUAAAGUAUACACUGACUUGAUAAUAAAGAAUCAUAAUUUUUGUA